UCCCACGAAGUUCCACCCGGUCACAUGACGGUGACGUCACGGCCUCUCCCGCCUGAGAUCCGACAUCGAUCGGUUCCUAGAGGUGGAGCAAACCAUGGUGGACAGAGGUGGAGGGGUGCUUGUCAGCACUGCAAUGAGCCUUUCCGGGAAUGGGGGGAACCCAUCGUUGUGCCUCAGUCGAGGGAUGGAUGUGGGGUCUAGUCUGACUGGGGGAGUAGUCAUGGCAAAACCUGAGGGACCCAGCACUCCUCCGGUGCCCAUGAACCUGUUUGCUACGUGGGAGGUGGACAGAUGUUCCCCCAGCUGUGUGCCCAGGCUCUGCAGUCUGACCCUGAAGAAGUUGCUGGUUCUGAGGGAAUUGGAUCGGGAUCUGAGCUCUGUGGUGAUUGCUGUGAAGCUGCAGGGAUCCAAGAGGGUCCUUCGUUCCAAUGAGUACCACCUUCCACCAUGUGGAGUCAUGGAGACGGACCUGGAACUCACCUUCUCACUUCAGUAUCCUCAUUUCCUGAAGAGAGACGCCAACAAUCUUCAGAUCAUGCUGCAGAGACGGAAGAGGUACAAGAACCGGACAAUCCUGGGCUACAAGUCCUUGGCUAUCGGUGUCAUUAACAUGGCGGAGGUGAUGCAGCGUACAGAGGGGAUGAAGGUUCUGGACCUCCACAGUAACCGGAAGGACCCGGCUAUUCGAGUGGCUGAGAUCAGCAUCCUCUCCCUCUCCAGCCAGCCCAUCGAUCACGAGGAGGUCACCACGGCAACCCGGACAAAGAUGAAAGGCUUGGAUGCCGAUCAGUAUUGGGAGGAGGAGGACGAGGAGGACAGCUACUCCUCCGAACCAGAAGUCAGCGAUGAGGGCCAAGGACAGGAUGUGGAGGAUGAAGAGGAAGAGAUUCAAAGGCCCAAGAAACUCACCAGGAAGUUACUGCGCAGCGCCUCGCUCAGCCGCCAGCCCAAUUUUAAACAGAAGUUUGUGUCGUUAUUGAAGAGAUUCAAAGUGAAUGAUGAUCCGAUGGACGCGGAGCGGACGAGCCGGGAACAAGAGGAGGACGAGGAGCUGGGACUUCUCUACGACAGUCUGGACGAGUGUAAUAACAGCGAGAGCGGCUUCGACAUCGAGGACAACGACAGCGUCAUGAGCACCCCGAAACCAACACUAAGGAGAUAUUUUGAAGGCGUCUCCAAUUCCGGCUCGCAGACCGAAAUCAGUCAGAAGGGAACAGACAAGAUCUCCAGUGCGGUGAGUACAGAGCCCCACCCCCCAGAAUACAGCUCCACCCCUUCCCAUACCAACAUCCAACCAGUUCUCAGCCAUGUCCCCACCAAUGUUCCAUGUGACCACCGAUCUCAGCCAGUCUCGAGUCAUAUAACAUACACACGUUUAUUGUACGGGACGCAGAGGUUGGGUACGGGACGCGGAGGUUGGGUACGGAGGUUGGGUACGGGACGCGGAGGUUGGGUACGGGACGCGGAGGUUGGGUACGGGAUGCGGAGGUUGGGUACGGGACGCGAAGGUUGGGUAUGGGAUGCGGAGGUUGGGUACGGGAUACCGAGGUUGGGUACGAGACGCCGAGGUUGGGUAUGGGACGCCGAGGUUGGGUACGGAGGUUGGGUACGGGACGCAGAGGUUGGGUACGAGAUGCCGAGGUUGGGUACGGGAUACCGAGGUUGGGUACGAGACGCCGAGGUUGGGUACGGGACACCGAGGUUGGGUACGGAGGUUGGGUACGGGACGCGGAGGUUGGGUACGGGACGCCGAGGUUGGGCACGGGAUACCGAGGUUGGGUACGAGACGCCGAGGUUGGGUACGGGACGCCGAGGUUGGGUACGGGACGCAGAGGUUGGGUACGGGACGCGGAGGUUGGGUACGGGACGCCGAGGUUGGGUACGGAGGUUGGGUACGGGACGCCGAUGUUGGGUACGGAGGUUGGGUACGGGACGCGGAGGUUGGGUACGGGACGCGGAGGUUGGGUACGAGACGCCGAGGUUGGGUACGGGGGACCGAGGGUGGGUACGGAGGUUGGGUACGGGACGCAGAGGUUGGGUACGGGACGCGGAGGUUGGGUACGGGACGCCGAGGUUGGGUACGGGAUACCGAGGUUGGGUACGAGACGCCGAGGUUGGGUACGGGACGCCGAGGUUGGGUACGGGACGCAGAGGUUGGGUACGGGACGCCGAGGUUGGGUACGGGACGCCGAGGUUGGGUACGGAGGUUGGGUACGGGACGCCGAUGUUGGGUACGGAGGUUGGGUACGGGACGCGGAGGUUGGGUACGGGAUGCGGAGGUUGGGUACGGGACGCCGAGGUUGGGUACGGGACGCUGAAGUUGGGUCCUGGACGGGUGUUAUACAGAACCAUGUGGACAGAGAAUGACCAGAAACUGGUCCACACCCAAUCCGAGGACACCGACGCCGGGGACUGGGCUGAUGAAGUCAGUGAGCCGGGUACCGGCAGUAUCCCUGUUACCAGAUCUGGGCUCCUGGGAGGCCCAUCGAGCGAAUGCCACAUCAUGGGGAUGAUUUCCAGAACAGAAUCCCAAAUUAUUAUGUCUCCCAGACAGGAGAAUAAAUUGUCUCGGGGGCCUCGCAGUGUUUCUAUGAAAGAUCGGCAGAAUUCUCGAGGUGAUCGGGGGAGCAGCCUGGAAGGUGAAUUUUCUCCGGACUCGCGGCUCUGCAGUCAGGUGCCCCGAAAAUCUGUAUUUGAUGAACUGAAUGAGAUUCUUGGAGCAGAGCAGCAGCUUCCGGACUCCAUCAUCCUCGUCAACACUACAGACUGGCAUGGACAGUAUGUCCGAGAACAAUUAUCGGGGAAAAUCCAAACCGUCUCCACCUGUUCCUCUGCCGAUGUCCAGGCGGCUUUCUGUGGUAUCAUUACUCGUAUCCAGAGAUACUGUAAUUGUAAUUCUCAGAUGCCGCCGGUGGUGAAGGUCCUGGUUGGUGAUCAGAGUUAUCUCAGCGUUAUUCUUCGCUUCUUUGUGGAGCAGCUGGCUGGAAGACUCGGAUGGCUGAACUAUCUGCGUUUCCUCAUCUUACCUCUGGGGCCGCACCCGGUUGCGUCCUAUCUGGCGUCUGUGGAUAGUAAAUACAGCUCUCUCUUCAUGGAUGCGGUGUGGAGAGAUGUCUUCAGUCAGUCGGAACCCCCCGGAUCAGAUCGCCUUGAUGUGGCAGGGAGGGUGGCACAAUACAUCGCUGGGGCCUCCCAGUCACACCAGCUCUAUAUUUCUGAAGCCAUGCUGACCUACAGACAGCGGAGCGCUGAAGAAGAUUCUUGCCAGAAGUUUGUUCCUUUUAUUGGGGUUGUGAAGGUUGGGAUUGUGGAGCAACCACUGCUGGCUUCUGUGGAUUCGGAUGAGGCUUCUGUCUGCAGCCCGUCACUCCUGAAUUCCUCUUCUUCUCCUGGAGCCAACACUUCUGUCACUAAAGAAGCGACCGGCACCCCUCCUCCAUCACCCUCAGUCAGCAGUGGCCUGUCUAAUGCCGGGGCUUUGUCUUCAGGCCUGGAGGUGAUGGGGCUCCAGGUGGAUUACUGGCAGUGGCAGGGGACGGAUCGCAGGAAAGAUGGAGACAGGAGAGACACGGCCACUAAAAACACAAUAAAGGGGAAUUUCCGUUCACUGCAAGUCAGCCGUCUCCCCCCACCCGGAGAAAACAACUUGCCCCUCGGCAUGGCCAUGACCAUUGUCACCCAGGAGAAGAACAAGAAAGUCAUGUUCCUCAGUAAGAAGCCCAAAGAGAAGGAAGCUGAAUCUCGCAGUCAGGUCAUUGAGGGGAUCAGCCGCCUCAUUUGUACAGCCAAGAACCAGAACACUAUGCUGCGAGUCACCAUAGACGGGGUGGAGUGGAACGAUGUCAAGUUUUUCCAGCUGGCUGCUCAGUGGCCAACUCAUGUCAAGCAGUUCCCUGUGGGCGUAUUUGGUCAUGUGAAGAUGUGAUGUCAUCAUCGGAGAGGAAGAUCAAUCACUGUGUUUUCCCUUCCUGAGUCAGUGACUUCAAGUAGGGAGUUGUGUAGUUUUUAUGGUCACUUUUCCUACAAAAUGAAGAUAUUUUGAAAUAUGUGUGUAAAAAAGACUGUGCCGUCUCCGUGAAUGUAUUACUACUAGAACCCCACAUAGCACUUUGUUUUCACAAUAUCCUGAAAAGCAGCGAAUUCGCCUCAGUGAUCUUCCCUUUUCCAAAAACGAGAAAAGAGCGUCGUCCGUUUCCCCGUCUGGUUCCAGAAGGGAGUGUCGUCCAUUUCCCCGUCUGGUUCUAGAAGGGAGCGUCGUCCUUUUCCCCGUCUGGUUCCAGAAGGGAGUGUCGUCCAUUUCCCUGUCCGGUUCUAGAAGGAAGCGUUGUCCGUUUCCCCGUCCGGUUCCAGAAGGGAGCGUUGUCCAUUUCCCUGUCUGGUUCUA